UGCUCUGGUCAACUAUUGAUCGCGCGAUCACGCAGCAACAGAGACGGGCAGAAUGUUCCGAGCAGUGACGCAUGUCGUCGUCGCCGGGGCGAAGAAGAGCCGAGCUGAGCAUGCCAUGUCCGCCUUCGCCAGCAACUUCUCCGCGGCUAUUAACUCUCAGAGGUUGGCUGGGAAGGUGGCCGUGAUCACCGGCGGAGCCAGCGGCAUCGGCAAGGCGACGGCCGAGGAGUUCGUCAGGAACGGCGCCAAGGUCGUCCUCGCCGACGUGCAGGACGACCUGGGCCGUGCCCUCGCCGCGGAGCUCGGCCCUGACUCCGCGUCCUACACCCGCUGCGACGUCACCGACGAAGCGCAGGUCGCCGCGGCGGUCGACCUCGCCGUGUCCCGCCACGGCAAGCUGGACAUCAUGUUCAACAACGCAGGCAUCAGCGGCUCCCUCACGCCCGCCCCUCUCGGCUCGCUGGACCUGGCCGACUUCGACCGCGUCAUGGCGGUCAACACGCGCGCCAUGCUCGCCGGCGCCAAGCACGCCGCGCGCGUCAUGGUGCCUCGCCGCGGGGGGAGCAUCAUCUGCACGGCCAGCACCGCGGGCGUGCUGGGCGGCGUGGCUUUUCCGGCAUACAGCGUCUCCAAGGCGGCGGUGCUGGGGCUCGUGCGCGCCGUGGCCGGGGAGAUGGCGCGCUCCGGCGUGCGCGUGAACGCCAUCUCGCCCAACUACCUCCCGACGCCGAUGGUGAUGGGGUACAUGGCCGUGUGCUACCCCGGGGCCAGCGCCGAGGAGCACAGGCGGAUCGUGGAGAGGGACAUGAACGAGAUGGACGGGCCGGCGCUCGCGGCGGAGGACGUGGCCGCCGCCGCCCUGUACCUGGCGUCCGACGAGGCAAGGUACGUCAACGGGCACAACCUCGUCGUCGACGGCGGGUUCACGGUGGGGAAGGUGCCCAACAUGCCGGCGCCCUGACGACGUUGACAGGUCUUGACGCGAUCAUGAUGUGUUCCGCGUUGAUAUACACAAGUUCUUCACCAUUGUUGCGCAGUAACGC